UCCAAUGGAAAUAGAUAAUAGUCAUAUGAUUACGUAGCUACUUCGGUUUUUUGACUUGUUUCAUUGGCUCGUUUCUGGGUUGUAUUCAUUACGGAAUUUUUUUUUAUAACGGAAACGUUUCGCCACAUAAACAAUAGUGUCUACUUGGGCAAAGUCCCAAUCCGUUUCAAUGAGUUUUCAUACGUUCCGAUUGUGGCGAAUGUAACCCGGUAUCGUUUUGUAACUACAAUUACAGAUUUAUGCAAGUCUGAAAAUAUGAGCUAUCUGGUGUUGAUGCAAGCAGCAGGAACUACUCUACACCUUCAAAAGGAGGAUCAUUCUAAACUUUACGUUUCUCGGGGGUGAGUGUAUAUAUAGUCCAAGAUGCCCCAUGUGCGGAGUUCGGUUCAAGAGGCUUUGUGGGGAAUGUGCGCCGCGGACGCUAUGUCCAUGCCUGUGCACUGGUACUACAACAUUGAUGAUAUCAGAAGGGAUUUUGGAGGAUGGAUCACUGGCUUCAACGCUCCCAAAAACCAACACCCAUCCAGCAUCCUCACCCUGUCUAACUCCGCGGGGAGCGGUCGAACUGCAUGGUCCUCUGCAAGUGACAGAACCAAUGUGGUGGGGAACAUCAUCCUCCAUGACAAGCUCAAAUUCUGGAAGGCACCUGGCAAAUCGGUCCACUAUCACCAAGGUCUCCAGGCCGGUGAGAACACUCUGAAUGCUAUCUGCUCUCUCAGGGUGGCACAGGCUCUGGCACGGGGGAGGUUUGCCAAUGUGGCGGAGCCGGCAACGAGGGGGGUGGUGCUGGCCGAUUACGUACGCUUCAUGACAACACCAGGGACCCAUGGAGACACCUAUGCAGAGUCCUUCCACAGAGACUUCUUCUCUGACUGGCGGGACCCAAGACCCACAUCCCCCAGCAGGGUGUUGGAGUUCGCAGAGCAGCGCUACAGGCAGAAGAUUAACCGGUCGGUCCCAGACAGCCAGCUGGACGUCAUUGGCUGCCUUCCCAUGUCCAUCCCUUUUGUGCUCUCCGCCAGAGCCAAUGAGGACCAAGCUGUGUCUGCGGCUGUGGAGUUUGUCCGACUCACCCACCCUCACCCCCGGGUGGAGAAGUAUGUGGCCAUGUACGCGCGAGCCCUCCACGCCACCCUGAACGGGGCCUGUCUGAAGGAGCAAGCAGAGGCAGCCCUGAAGUCGCCACUGCUGGACGCGUGGGACACCUGCGAACCGUGCAUACGCAAAGCAGACAGGUUCCCGGUCACCUCCGCCGAGAGGCUCAAGGUUCACCAGAACGCAGUACAGAUGCUUGGCUUGGCCUGCUACAAUAGAGGUGCCCUCAGCAGCAUGUUCUACCUAGCACACCAGUUCCCAGAUGAUCCUCGCGGUGGGAUCUUGGCAAACACCAACUGUGGCGGAGAGAACUGUAACAGGGGUGCUGCUUUGGGGGCUCUGCUGGGGGCCAGGGCAGGUUGCACAGGUGGGUCCGUACCCCAGGAGUGGAAGGACGGACUGCGGAAUGCUCAGGAGGCAAUCCGGGAAAUUCUGGACCAUAUGCCCUGAGGGUGUCCCCUGCAGAAAAGGGGACAUUGUCAGAAGAUGCGCAAGAGCAUCAUUAAUUAUUGCAACAUAUGAUGUCAUGUCUGUUUCUAUUUUAUGCCUUAUACUGUGUAGGGAAAUGUGUGGUAGCGGCUAUAAGCUCAUAAAGAAGUAAUGAACAUUGAAGAUGUUAUCUAUGCUAAAAUUAUUCUGUUUAUUUUUUGAUGUAAAUUUGCUUUUUGGGCAAUCCAAGAUAGUCACUUCUCAGCUGAAGGCUCUGUUAUCGCUAAACUACUUCUAGAAACUUUUCGCUGAUCUGUCUCCAUAUGAGAUGUUGGAUUUAACACACUCAUAGUGUUUGAGAUGAGAGGAGAAAGGUUGUUGAAAUACUUUUUAGGUAAAUGUAAUGAUAUACCUUGACUGCAAAAACAGACUAAGUAGCCAGCAACAUUUCCACAAUCAUUUUCCAAGUUAUUCAAAUGUAAGGGAAAUAUUGUAAAGCAUGUUGUAUUUUGAAUAGGGCAUUUUAGUUUCAACUUUAUUGUUCUGUAUUAUGUGUAAUUUCUAUUUCAAUAGAACCUUACUGAUCAGAUAUGCGCACAUUUAGCAGUAUAAACUGUUCUAAUCUUUAAUUACAUGGUAAUUAAGAUGUGACAUUUGCAUUACAUGCUGCUUUUCACAUGGAUUAAAUCAAGUUUUUCUUCUGUUUUUAGGCAACCCAAUAAGUGGUUUACCAAAGCUUA